GAAAGCUGCGCAGCGGCGGGGUGGAGGUAUAAACGUCGAACCGGUCCGUCCAUCGGGAAACCCGGAUAGAUUCAAGUUAACAGGGAACAACCUGCCGAGUCUGACUUCUCAUCAUGUUUUCCGUGUCCGCGAUGUCGUCUGGCGUCAGCUAUGAGGAGUGCCGGGCCACAGCCGAUUGGCUGCUGUCCAACACGCAGGUGCGGCCAAUUGUGGGAAUCGUGUGCGGUUCAGGUCUGGGGGGGCUGGCUGAGAUGCUCAAGGACCCGCAGGUCUUCAAAUACAGUGACAUUCCCAACUUCCCCCGGAGCACAGUGCAUGGUCAUGCUGGCCAGCUGGUGUUUGGAACACUAAAAGGGAAGCCGUGUGUUUGCAUGCAGGGCAGGUUCCACCUGUAUGAGGGCUACCCCGUCCAGAAGAUCACGCUGCCCAUGCGCGUCUUCAAGCUGAUGGGCGUGGAGACGAUGAUCCUGACCAACGCAGCCGGAGGCCUCAACCAGGACUACAAAGUGGGAGACGUCAUGAUCAUCAAGGACCACAUCAACAUGCCGGGGUUUGCUGGAAUCAACCCACUGGCUGGACCAAAUGAAGACAGGUUUGGCGUCCGCUUCCCCUGCAUGUCCGACGCCUACAACCGCGAGCUGCGGCAGCUGGCCCUGGAAGUGGGCUCGGAGUUGGGCUUCAGCGACUUCCUGCGGGAGGGCGUGUACUGCGUCCUGGGAGGUCCGUCCUUCGAGACCAUCGCUGAGUGUCGCAUGCUGCACAGGCUCGGUGCCGAUGCUGUGGGGAUGAGCACCGUCCACGAGGUAAUCGUCGCCCGCCACGCCGGGAUGCGUUGCUUCGCCCUGUCGCUGAUCAGCAACCAGGCGGUGAUGGACUACGACAGCCAGGAGAAGGCCAACCACGAGGAAGUCCUGGAGACGGGAAGGCUGAGGGCGGAGCAGAUGGAGAAGUUGGUGUCCACCAUUGUGGCUCGGCUGGAGCACAACAACAACGCCGACUGAUGACGAGGCUGACAGCCACUGGUCCUGGAUCAGCUGGCAUCUUGCUUUUAUUUCUGCAUCACAGCAAGAGGAUUUUUAAAACGCUUGUUAAAACGCUAACAAAAAAAAAAAAGUUUAAAACUUGUCAGUUUUCCACUUGAUAAACUAGUUUCUUAUCUAAAGGUUCUUAUCUGAUUUUUUUUUAGUUUUCCACUGUCUGUUACUUUAAGUCUUAAAAUCCUGGAAGCUGGUCCACUUAUUAAUACACUCCUCUGUGGCAGCGUUGGACAGAUAAACGAUGCUGCUGUACUUUUAGUGGACUACUUCAAAUCCCCGCUGGGAUGUACUGUAUUGUAUUCAGCCAAUGAGUGUUUCAGUGAAACAGCAUCGUAUUUUCUAACUUAAUAAAUUAAUAAAAUAUUAAUAUUUAUUGUUUCAGUACUUUUACAUUCCCUAAUAUCAGUUAACAGUCGACAUGGAUAAAGUGACCAACUCAUCAUGCAUGUCUUCAUGAUACGUACCAUACGGUGUAAAAGGUGUGUAAUAUUUAUACUGAAUGUAUUUGAGUAGUGUUUUUAUUUGCUUUGAUAGCAUGUUGAGUGUUUGAUUGACCGAGUUAAAGAAAGGGGGUUAUAAACUGCAUGGGACAGGUACCAAAAUAUGUAAAUUUAACCAAAAUCUCCUGUUUUUCAUCACUGUGUGAACAGACUGGGUUUCUGACUGUCUGUGCUUUUAGAAGUACUUUCCGGAAGCCUGUACAAACUGUGGAUGUACUUUUACAAUAAAGUGACUCAACUUGAAA